AUGUUCUCACGAUCUGAGGUUAUGCAGCCAUUUCUUGGGCAUUCGACGGUGUCCGGCAACGUUAUGGAAGAUCUUGGAGUUACAAUAGGAAAAGUCCACGCCCUAACCCUCCUACGAAGUCACGCCCAAAAGUGCGAGUCACUUAUGGGAUUCGCACACGAUGACACAAGUCUCAGGUCUUUGGCUACGGACAAUGUCGAUCGUUCCGCAACAGACCCCCGAGACACGAUAUUUGCGCUUCUUGGACUUUCAUCUUACCCAGAAAGCGUCACAGUAGACUAUUCCAAGUCAGUUCGUGAUAUCUACGUGAAAGCGACCAGGGAAAUGAUUAUCGACACUACUGGACCGAGUCUAAACAUUAUUUGCACCACCUAUCGUUCCGACCGACCUUCUGAUCAUGACCUACCUUCUUGGAUUCCAGACUUCUAA